AAACCUUCUAUUCAGUUCAAUCGGUAACUUUCACGGUUUUCCUUUUUUUCAUUUCUUUAAUUCCUAGAAAUUAUCGAGCUUCACAACGUACAUUCUUAAGAUCCAUUAUGCACCAAUCCACAUUAUUAAUUUCUACAAGUUAAGGGAAAUCAUCUACCGCUAUCCUUAUAAAUGACUUUUAUUUCGAUAAUCAAAAUGAUACUUCAUUACGGAAAAUCAAACUUGAAAUGAUUAAAUUCACAUAUGCAUAUGGUCAUAUGUUUUGAUAACUUUUUGAUAGGAAAAUCUAGUUUAUUGAGGCAUGUUACGGAACCUGAGGAUCAACUAUCGAUCAUGGAUGAAUGUGCCAAUUCGAGGCAUAAAAAUGCCAGCGAUAAUCAGCAAGCUGAUGAAAAAAGACAAAGGAGGAGGAGGAGAAAAAGGAUCCCCUGGCAAACCACCUCCAUUUGAAAGUGAUAAAUGUGUCUCAAUAUUUCGUUAUGAUCCUGAAGAAUGCGAACCUCCUUACAUCCAGCAAUACGAAAUAGAUACAAAAGAAUCAGGUCAUGUAGUCCUUGAUAUUCUACUUUAUAUAAAGAACGAAAUAGACCCAACCUUGACAUUUAGAAGGUCUUGCAGAGAAGGAAUUUGUGGAUCAUGUGCCAUGAAUAUUAACGGAAAAAAUGGUUUGGCCUGCAUCAAAUCAGCACCUCCAGGGGACCUGAUAAUCUACCCACUGCCUCACCUCUACGUUGUUAAGGACCUCGUCACAGAUCUAACCAACUUCUACAGGCAAUAUAAAGAGAUCCAACCCUGGCUUCAGAGGAAGGACGAGAAAGAAUUCUGUGAAGGCACCAGGCAGUUGAAGCAGAGUAUCAGAGACAGGGAUAAAAUUGAGGGGAUGUACGAAUGCGUUUUGUGUGCUUGCUGCUCGACUUCAUGCCCCGCCUACUGGUGGCACGGAAACCAAGACGAUAGAUUUCUCGGCCCAGCAGCUCUGCUUCAUGCAUACCGUUGGAUUAUUGAUUCAAGGGACGAAUUCCACUGCCAACGAUUGGAAAAACUGAAGUCAAUGUGGAAUCUCUACAGAUGUCACACAAUCUUCAACUGUACUACAGCAUGCCCAAAGCACCUGAACCCAGGCAAACUGAUAUCCAAGCUAAAGCUGAUGGCUUGUGACAAGUUGAUCAAGGAGAUACCGGACGUGGAGCAAGACAACGAACUGUAUGAUGCAGACGAGACAGCUAGAAAGACAGCAGCAGCGGGACCUCCAAAACCUAAAGAAAAGAAGAAGUAGAAUACUUCAAUAAUUUUUAAAAAAAGAAAUAAACUGCUAGCCUGACAUAGCUUUUAUGAUCGAUUUGUGUCUUGGGUUUAAUUCAUGAGAAUAUAUAUAUUACAUCUAUAAUACCAG